AUGGCGGACACAGACAAUUUUCCUCUCGCCGCAGAUGGCCACGAUGGGCCUGGCGGAACAAUCGACGGUACCACCGCCGGUGCGGCCGGCCCCUCGACCGGCGGGGUGGUGCUCUCCCAAGGCGCCAUGAUCGCCAUCAUAAUCGUGGUAGUCGUGGUAGCACUCGUUGGUAUCGCCAGUUCAGUCCUCUUCUUUGUGGCCAAGAAACGCGAGUGGACAGUCCGAGAAACAAUCAGGAGGUCGGCAAGAAAGGUGGUCACCGUCCUGACGCCGCGGCGAUCCGAAUUCCCCAAGUCAGUCAAGGAAGGACGAAACAGGUUGGACGAUGUGCCGCCGACGCCGAGGAUCAAGCCCGAGUACCUGGAUCUGGAGAAAGGCCUUGACAAGCCCAAGAAGAAGCGCGCGAACUUCAGCCGGAAGUGA